AUGAGUUUGCAAAGGAUGAGGCUAGAGUUGAAAGACCAUUUUGGAAUUGAAGCUACAAACAGGCAACUUUGGAAAGCUAGACAGAAAGCUAGAGAAGAUGGGGGCUAUGAUUAUGCUCAGUCAUAUGGCAAUUUGAGGCAUUAUGCUGCUAUGAUUCACAAAACUAACCUUGGGAGUACUGCUAUUAUACAGAGUAAUCUAGUUCCAGUUGAGAAAAAUCUAGAUGAUGAGAAUUUGGAGGGUGAUAAUUUGGCAGCCCCAAUAAUGAAGUCUCAGUUCAACAAAAUUUUCAUUUGCUACUCAGGUGUGAAAACUGGUUUCUUAGCAGCCUGUAGACCAUUUUUUGGCUUAGAUGGUUGUCAUCUAAAAGGGCCAUACAAGGGCAUCUUAUUGUCUGCAGUGGGGCUUGAUGCCAAUCUUCACUUUUAUCCAAUUGCUUAUGCAAUUGUAGAAGCCGAGAAUAACUCUAGUUGGAAAUGGUUUUUGGACUUGUUGAGAAACAAAAUCGGAGAUACUAAUAAAGGCCAACCAUGGUGUAUCAUGAGUGAUAGACAAAAGGGUUUAAUUGAGGCUAUCACAGAAAUCCCAGAUGCAGGGCAUCGUUUUUGUUGUUUUCAUUUGGAAAACAACAUGGUAAAAAAGUUUGGCACAUCACACCUUCAAGGUCUCUUUUGGGCAGCAGUUGAGAUAGCCAAUUUUGAGAAUUUCAAGCGAAUAAUGGAGCGGAUUAAGGAAUUCAACCAUGAGGCACAUGUCUGGCUGAGCAAUAUUGACUUCAAGCAUUGGACAAUGAGCAAGUUUGAUCCAAAUGUGAAGGUAGAACAUCUCACCAAUAAGUUUGUUGAGUCAUUCAAUGAUUGGAUAGAAGACAAUCGAUACAAGGCCGCAAUUGAGUUGCUAGAGGGUAUAAGAAUGCAACAAACGGCCAUGAUGGUUGCAAGGAAAGAAAUAGCAGACAGAUGGGAGCACAAGCUCACUCUAAAAGUCCAUGCGAAGGUGCAAGAACUCCAGAAAAGAGCACAUUUUGCAUUAGUAACAAGGGUUGGAAAAGAAGAAUUUCAGGUGGAUUAUGACAAAAAAAGUUGUACUGUUCGACUGAAUGAAUUAUUUUGCAUUUGUGGCCAAUGGCAGGUAAGAGGAAUACCAUGUAUUCAUGCAGCUACUUGUAUAACCACCACCAGGGCUGACAUAGUCAAUUAUUGCUUUCCAUACUUCACUACUGAAAUGUGGAGGAAGACAUUUGAGCAUGUUAUUCAUCCUAUCCCUGAUGAAUCGAUGUGGCCUCAAUUUGAUGAUGAGGAGUUAUUACCACCUUUUGUAAGAAAACCACCAGGGAGACCUAAAAAGCAUCGUAGAAGAAGGGUUGCAGGAGAGGAGAGGCCUUUGCCACCUAUGUCAGAGAGGCAGCCAACUAGAAUGGGUGUUUCUAGCACUAAAAAGUGUAAGAAUUUUCAUGAAUUUGGCCACAAUAGUAGUUCAUGGAAGAAACCAUCACCAUGCCCAUCUCAACCACAAGCACAACCAACAAGAGACAGGGGCAAAGGCAAAGGAAAAAGCAAAGGCAAGAGCACUGGUCAAGGCAGAGGAAAUGCAGAACAAACACAAUCACUUAAUGGCCCAUCUCAACCACAAGCAUUGCCAACAAGAGGUAGGGGUCGAGGCAGAGGUAGGGGGAGAGGCCAAGGCAGAGGAAGGUCAACAUCAUUUGAGGUUCCAAUGACCAAUUUUGAGCAACAUACUGCUGAAGAAAUGCACACCACUGCAGCAGCAGUAGGCCUAUUCUCAACACAUGAUACUCAAUAG